UGGCUAUUGCAUGAAGUGUUCUUGCAGCCUCACUAGUGUGGACUGUGGAUAUCUUUCUGCUUACUGCCUUCGAGCCAGGACCCAGCGAGAGUGUGUGUGUGAGAGAGAGAGAGGAGAGGGCAAGAGAGCGACAGAGCGAGCGAGAAGGAGCGAGAGAGAGGAGUGGUGGAGGGAUUACAGUUUGGUUUCUUAUAACUGGAAAAUUACCAAAGGAGAGAACGCACCGAGUGAACGAAGGCAUCAACGUAUUUCAACGUUCGUUCGCUUCAAACGGAUUCAAGCCAGAAUGGAGCUACCUGCCGCAGGAGAGCACGUCUUUGCGGUGGAGGGUAUCGAAAAGAAGCGCAUUCGGAAGGGCAAAAUAGAAUACCUGGUAAAGUGGAGAGGGUGGUCUCCCAAAUACAACACAUGGGAACCCGAGGAAAACAUCCUUGACCCGCGCCUUCUCGUGGCGUUCCAAAACAGAGAGAGACAGGAACAGUUGAUGGGAUAUCGUAAACGUGGACCAAAACCAAAACAUCUCUUAGUCCAGCUUCCCUCGUUUGCACGGAGAUCCAGCAUCCCUGCUGGAUUUGAGGAGACGUCUCCAGAGGCCGAGAACUACCUCAGGUCAGACCCGAUCCAGACGCACCGCUCCCAGCCCCAACAGUACCAGCUGAACAGCAAGAAGCACCACCAGUACCAGCCCAGCAAACAGGAAGUCUCAGCGGACCAGCUGGGCAACGGGAAGAAGAAGUUAUUCUAUCAGCUCAACAGCAAGAAACACCACCACUACCAGCCUGACCCUAAUAUGUACAACACCCAGUCCACCAGGCCCAAAGACAUGGUCAAAGGUCAGGAACCCAGUCCGCCCACCAAUCCCAACCCUGGGUGGAACCUGCCACCGGCACUGCAGCAGAAAUGGGUUCGCGACAAAAACACGGGCUGCCUGAGCAAAGUCAAAGACGUGACGGUGGUGGAGAUGAAGAAAGCAGCGGUGCGUGUCAACGAGGCUGAGAGCGAAUGCGCCCUGAAGCCCAGCCCAAAGGAGGCAGCCCUACCCAGUGCUGUCAGCAGCAAGAUGAAGAUCAUCAAGAACAAGAACAAGAAUGGACGCAUUGUCAUCGUCAUGAGCAAGUACAUGGACGGCACAAGGCUGGGGCGGCCAAGGGGAACCACCAAUGUCCCUAAAGAGAUCUGUAAUGCCAGUUCCACGCCGGCCGCUGAGCAUCCCAAGAAACGCUCUCCAGAAGACGGACAUUUCUCCAAACCAUCGCCCAGCACGGCUGAGGAAUACAACACAGAGCCUCCCACCCCUAGCCCUAUGGACCAGACACGGACACUCCCCACCACAAAUAACGACCGCAAACGCAAGCUCUCCCACCCCGAGGAGGACAGGGGCGCGUGUAAAACGUUUCUGAGCUCCAGGAGCAUCAGUGUCCCCAGUGCUGUGCCCACUCCGCCCCAGGACAAACCCAUGGACCUCCACCUCAUUGUCCCCCGCCGGAGCAGCAGUAGCGGGUAUGGGUAUGAGAUUACGGACACCAGCAUCAGUCAGGAAGAACCUAUGGAUCUUAGCUGUUCUAGAACCAGAAAGCAACCUGAACCUGAGCCAGAGCCAGAACCGGAGCAUAAGGAUCCAACUGCAGUGGUACAGGAGUCAGAGACAACAACAACGACAACAACAACAGCAACAACAACAACAGAGGAGGCUAAAGAAGAGUCUGUCUUAAUGUUCUCUCCUUUUAUGGGCAACAUUGUCAUCACUGACAUCACCACAAACUGUCUCACGGUCACUUUUAAGGAAUACGUUUCUGUUUAACAGUCCCUGGACCUAUCGAAACAGAGGACUACUGAUUUGACGGCUUUAUCAAUAUGUGUAUAUGUAAAAAUAAACGUGAAGAUUUGUACAUAUGGAGAUUUAUAAUUUAUAAUUCAAAAUCAAUACAUUUCUUACAAUGUUUUAUACUUCAACUCUUCGGUAAUGUGGUUGCCAAGAAAGUGCCCUCAUGGAUUUCAGUGACUGCAUUCAGGUGGAUGUUAAUUACUAGUGAAAUGUCCAUUAUGAAAUAUCAAGUCAUAUAGAAUAGCUUUUGCUGUUGUGGCUUGAUGGUAUAUACCAAACAUAUACAAUCUUAGAAAAAAGGGUUUGAAAAGUUUUUUUUGUCUGUCGCCAUAUGAGAACCCUUUCUGGUUCCAAGUAGAACCCUUUUGUGUUCCAUGUAGAACCCUGUGUGGAAAGGGUUCUACAUCGAACCCAAAAGGGUUCUACCUGGAACCAAAAGGGUUCUACCUAGUACCGAAAAGAGUCCUACAAAGGGUUCUCCUAUGUAGACAGCCGAAUGACCCUUUUAGGUUCUAGAUAGCACCUUUUUUUCCCUAAGAGUUUAGCCUGAGAUGUAAGCCGUUUUAUACAUACAGUAUGUUCUACUUAAUAAUGGCGGUUAUUUUGGUCCAUAAGUAGAUGAUGUUGAGUAACUAUGGUGAUCAAAGAUCCGUUUAAAAGCACUUCAUUGCAUUCACCUAUGUGUGUAUAUUCAUUUGUACUAUGUACUGUAUAUGUAUUCUCCAUAUGAUUUAUACGUAUUUCCAUUGUUUUACAAUCCCCUCCAGCCAGGUGUGCUCAGUCUGAGGCUACUGUGUCAUAUUUCAUGUUGGUGAGUUUUGUUAUUGUUUGUGAGUGCAGGAGAAAUGAAUGGAAGAAGAAAUGCAAAUAUGAAUGUUGGGUGUGCCGGGCACCCACAGCAACAUCAUACAGACCCCGUUUCACCGAGGGGUGUACUCUGACAUGAGAUUGAAGCAAACUUCCGACAAAUCCUCCAAUGCUCUCGUUUGAAAAAUAGAGUUACACACAUAUAUUUCAACUAACUGAACACCGGUUUCAGCAAACCCUGUCAAUCUUAGCCAUGAGCUGCUACAUUGCAUGUUUUCCUUUUGAGAAAACAAAGUGUAUAAUAUAACUUGCACUAUUGAAUUGCACGGUGGCAGGAAGGCAAACAAUUUAAGAAAUUAGCUCUCAGAGGUGAGUAAUGAUGACCAGAGUUUUCAUUUAUCAACUGAGUCAUUUUUCCUUUAAGAUAAUUUCUGAUUAAUUGACUUGUGACCCUAAUUAGGUUGAUGUAUUGCAUGGGUGAAGACCCCACAGAUGGUCUACUAAGCCCAUACAGCAGGUCUAUGUAGGACUAUUUGUGGCAGGUCUAUGCAGAACUAUUUGUGGCAGGUCUAUGUAGGACUAUUUUUGCAUUUAAGUUGACCUUAUGACAGGGUGACAUUUUUCUCCAGAGGAGGCUGGUAGGAAAGGCUUAUCGUAAUGGCUGGAGUGGAAUAAAUGGAUUGGAGUCAAACAUAUCAAACAUAUGGAAACCACAUGUUUGACUCCAUUCCAUUAAUUCCAUCCCAUCCAUUAUAAUGACUGUCCUCCUAUAGCUCCUCCCACCAGCCUCCUCUGCAUCUCACACAUACAGUAGGGGCAUUCAUCUUAACUUGACGCUUGCUUUACAAAGGCCUGAUAGAUUGACAUGUAUAACUUCUUUGUCUUUAGCUUAUCGAAGCUACCUGGGUUACAAGUCAUACAUGUGUAUUUUCAGUGUUUCCUAACACCCAUCUCUGUGCAAAAUAGAAAAGCUAAUUGUGAGUCGCUUAUGUUUAGAGGCUGAUAUUUUGAUCCUAACACACAUGAUCCAAUGAGCACAAGCUCUUUUGAUAUUGCUGCUAAAGUUAGAGUUGUUUCUUCUGUCGUUGAAACCUUGUUGGAUGUAACCUACAUUACAGUCUAAAUUGCCUUCGAUGCACACUGAAUGCAAAGCAAGAAAGAAAAUCACAGAUUAUGGAUUUACAUAUGAUUGUUAUGAUGAUAAUGAUUAAAUAGAUAUUAUUUAUUAUCAUGAUUAUUUUGCUGUCAAAAACUAAGCUCACUUAGAUGCCCUCUGCAUUAGAGGUGGAACAUCUUAUACCUGUCUGUACAUCAUUUAGCACAACUUUGUAACGUUUUGAAUCCUUUUGGUUACCAUUGAUUUGUUGGAGCCAGGUUACAUUUCCCUGCACUUGUUGGUUCAAAGGCAAAAUCAUUGUUUUAAGGUGUGUUCCGAUGGGGAGGGGCUGGAAUUAGUACUGUUGGCACAGCUAUGUUAUGUUUUACAAUAAAGCAAGAGAACUGACCUUUUU